AUGUCGUUUAAUUUAGUUUCUGAUGAAAAGGCUUCUAAAGCUGCUGAAGAAUAUGCCGAACAACUCCAUGAAAUUUACAAACAUGAGUGUUAUGGAACUCAGAAAAAAGAAUGUAAGAUAAUUUUUGUACAUUUUAUAAAACCUUCCCCCCACUCCUGAAAGUGGCUCAAUACAAAAACAAGAGAUCUGUCUGUUUGUAUUGCUCUAUUCAUGUUUUCCUUUUUUUGCUUCUUUUUAGCUUGCCACACGCUAGCAGAGUUUUACAUGUCAGUCGAACGGAACAUAACAAAAGCAAAGGAACUUUACCACUACACUUGUUAUGAACUUGACCUCCCUGAAAGUUGCUUUGCAUUAGGAAACCUUUAUCUUACUCAAAAAAGUAGGGUUACCAGUAUUAACUAUUAUACAGUAUAAUUUGUCAAACCUGAGUGAGAAUAGGACUAUAUGAAAAUAUAUAUUAAUUUUUUUGUCAGUAUAAUAUUUGAUGUGACAUUUUAGGCGACUUACGUUUCACUUAAACUGGGUCAAGUUAAGAAAUAGGGUUGAAGGGGUAAAAGUACUAUUUGCUGUUGGUUUCAUCAAGCUUGUAGAUUAUUUGAAACCGUGAGGUUUGGUUCAGCCAAGAGUCAAAAUUAUAUGACCUGGCACUAAGCAAACUGAUACUCUACCAAUGUACUGAUGAUGGCCUGGACCAGGUUGCAUAAGGCACAUUAUGGUUACAGGAACUCAUAAAAUUGUUUCAAAAGAAUAGGUAAUGUUAUUGUUUAAGAACAAAACUUAUGAGCCCUCUUAUCUGAACAAUGCUUUAUACAAACUUGUUCUUGCUACAGGGAAGAAAUGGACAAAUGUUCAAUUUGAUUAGUUCAAGCAUGGUGCCUUUCCUCGUUGAUACCGUGUCAAAUUCAAUACUGUAAAUGAUCCAAUAGAGACCCAUUCUAAAUAAAUGCCAAGUUAACACCCCCUCUAAUAUGUUAAGUUUGUAUUGGACACCCCUCUCAAAUAAAUGCCUCCUGUCUAAUAGACCCCCCCCCCAAUGACAAUUACUCCAAGAUAGUAGGAUUUAUCAAAAAGGAGCAAAGUCGUUCAAUAUAUUUUCUUUCUUGAUUAACAAUGGUUUACCUAUUGAAUCUUCUUCCUUGUCAAGUUCAAAGUAAGAAUAGACUCUAAAUGACAACUCAAAGACCCUGAGUGAGGAUCGUGACACUGAUGUCGAGAUUUAAAAAAGUGACGUGGAUCUCUAGACGGCCUAGAUGGCCUAGAUUGAUGGAGUGGAUAUUCCGCUAUAUUAAAUACUCUUUUGAUAUUUUUGCUUAAAGCAUGUUAGUUUUUUUGAGCUUAUUAUAUAGUUAUGAGAAUAAAUGCCUCCUAUCUAUUAAAAAGCCCCCUCCUGGACCCUGAAAUUCAAAUAAAUGCCCCAUGAAUCCAUUAGAUCAUUAAUUUUACAGUAUCUCCAUCACCUUCCUUCCAGAACACAAAGAUCCUGAGAAGGCAGUCAGUUUGUUUCACAGAGCAUGCGACAAGGGCUCUCCAGGAGCAUGUAAUAAUGCGGGAUUAACAUAUCAAAAUGGAAUCAAAGGAUCAACAAUACAAAAGGACAUCUAUAAAGCUAUAGAGAUGUUUUCAAAGUCUUGCGAACUAGGACAUCCAAAUGGCUGCUUUAACUUGAGUGUGAUUUACCUAACUGGGAAAGAUGGAAUUCCAAAAGAUUUACCCAAAGCUUUUGAGCUUUCACAGAAAAGCUGUAACAUGAUGCAUCCAUGGGCUUGUGCUAACAUUAGUAGAAUGUAUGCCAUUGGUGAUGGUGUUGAGAAAAACCCACAAGAAGCAGAGAAGUACAAAAGACUUGCAAAAAAACACUCUGGACAAGAAAUCAAGAUAUGAAAAAUCAAACUAAAAUAUUCCUUAC